UCCCUCACACACAGAAUCACAUAAAACCACUCUUCAAUUCUAGUUUCCACAGAAAAGUUUCAGAUUCUCAAACAAUAUACACAGCACACAGAAAAACAUCACCAACAAGCAAUUAUUUAUUUAUAUAUUUAUAUAUAAACUCUCUUCAAUAUGGUUCAAUUUUGCAUGAAAGAGAACAACUCAAACACCAUGACUCAACAAUCCUCUACUAAACCACAUGACCAAAUGGAUCUUGAAUUCAAGAAACCUCAUCAACUCAAAGACAACAGUCUUAAGGAGCAACAAGGUAACGUAAUCAUGGAUGUAACAAAAGGGACAUUAAUUGUUGAGGCAGAAGAGGAAAGUGGAAGAGAGAAGUUGAAGAGGCAUAGAGUUGAAAUGGCUGGAAGAGUGUGGAUUCCAGAUAUAUGGGGGCAAGAAGAGUUUUUGAAGGAUUGGAUAGAUUGUACAACGUUUGAUCCUCCUUUGAUUUCUUCUGCCAAAAUUGUGACAGCAAGAACAGCUUUGGUUCAAGAAGCCACUGCUACAGCUAGGUGUUGAGUUUUAGUAUUUCUAUGAUUUUUUGUUGUUGAUUAGUUACUACCAUGUAUUGAUUGUGGAAGGUUUGUGCACCCUAAUCUUUGUAUAAUCAUUUUUUUUUUGCUUGUUUUUGUUUUAUUUUGCAUAUAUUAUUAUAUAUUCCCUGUAUGGAUUUAGACUUUAGAGGCUAUUGAUGCAUCACAAAAAAUAUUUUGUAAUAUUAAGAUUUUUUAAGUGAUUUUGUUUUAAAUA